UUGGUCAUCCUCAUCUUUGAAGUGAUAGUGAUUAUUUGUCACUAAAUCAGAUCAGGUUCAAAACUCACAAUAAAAAAGUAGUCAGUUCUACUUUAAUCAAUUUAUAAACCGAUUUAGACGUGUAUCUUGUGUUUAUAUAGAUAAAGGUUUUAUUUAUUCGUCGUUGAUUUAACCAUGAAAAUCGUAAGCAGGAAUCAAUUAAGUAAAAUAAGCGACCUCUCGGAUAUUUUUAAUAUCAUUGAAAUCGUUGGAGGGGGAUCCUUCGGUACCGUCUAUAGAGCCAUUCACAUACGUUCAGAUAAAGCAAAAGCUCUGAAAAUUGGAUCUAAAUUAGAAUCUCCAUAUAAGAGUAAAUACUACCAAGAAAUCAAGAUUCUAACUGCCGUUGAUCAUCCAAAUAUUGUUAGCCUUGAAGCCGUAUACGAGUCGAAGAAGAAAAUAUGUUUGGUCUUUGAAUACUGCCCUCGGGAGCUAUCUAAAGUAUUCAAACAGGAAGGAUACCUAAACGAACCAACUGUUCAAAAAAUAAUGCAAUAUUUGACUUCAGCUGUUGCCUACCUCCAUUCGAAUUCUAUUGUUCAUCGGGAUCUGAAAUUGGAGAAUAUUCUAAUCGGAGACAACCCCGAGAAUACUAAUGAUGCAUGGUUUGUGAAAUUGUGUGACUUUGGUGUAAGUACGUAUAAAAGUGGUAUAGGGUACGGUAAUAUGCUCAACGAGUUUUGUGGAACUCCAUUGUACAUGGCUCCAGAAAUGGAGAUGAAAUCCUACAGUGAGCAAUGUGAUAUUUGGUCACUGGGCGUCAUAAUGUUUUUGCUAUUCGAAGGGGAGUUCCCUUUCCAGAUUCGAAAUUCCAGCAAGUUGCGUGAGGUGAUCUCAACGACCUAUAUUGACUACGAUCAUUUAAAAUGCUCCAAACCUGCUGCUCAAUUGAUACAUAAGUGUCUUCAAAUGAAUCCAGCUCAUCGCAUUACAGCUCAAGAAAUGUUGCAUUCGGCUUGGAUAAAGGGGAAGCACAUUACCCGUGUUUCACCCACGCCAAAUAUCCUAGAAAUGAUGGACCAAUAUAACGCUUUAAAUGCAGAUCAACGAUCUGCGGAUGUUGGAAGUCAAGAGAAUUCAAAUCUUCCACCGUCAAAUGUGAUAACUCCGAGGGGAUCGAUUUUGGGUAAUUUGCCGAAAAAUGAUAUAAAACCAUCUGACGUGGAAGCAGCACCUAUAGAAAAAAAGUAUCCUAUAAUUCAGAUAACUUCCGUCACCAAAGGUGCCGAAAGAAACAUGACCAGCAAAUAAACAUAACAUAUUAUCCAUUUCCCUUAUUUUAAGAAAUCGAGAUUUUGAUCGAUUCAGAGGGUAAGAUGGAAUUGAACUUAAAUAUUGGUUCCUUGACUAGGAAUGAUGUUCGACAAUAUACAAUAGCAUUAUUCGUAAA